CAGCUAAAACAUGGGGUUGCACAGGAGUUUUGCUGGAGUGGGAGGAUACAUUUCCUUACACCGGAGAUCUUGUGGAUAUUGGAAGUAUUAGGGGCAGUGGUGGUGAUGAAAUGUACUCCAUAGAUGAAGUACAUCAUAUACUACAGUUUAUAAAAGAUUUAGGACUUGAACCGAUACAUUUAAUUCAAACAAUAGGACAUAUGGAGUUUGUUCUCAAACAUCCUGCAUUUCAUGAUCUCAGAGAGGAGCCUAGGACGCCAGCGGUGCUGUGCCCUUCUAAACCCGAAUCUCUCACUUUAGUAAAGAAUAUGUUGCAACAAGCAUUAGAUGUACAACCGGAUGCUAAAUAUUUUCAUAUUGGAGCUGAUGAGGUCUGGCACACAGGAGUCUGCGAACAGUGCCACAGUCGAGCCAUAACUAAUGAACAUAAAGUACCCUCAUUGUACUUAGAACAUAUUCGAGAAAUAGUAUUGUUCAUUAAGCAACAAAGACCGGAACUGGUAGUACUUAUGUGGGAUGAUAUGCUACGUUCAAUAAAUAUUGAUCCUUUAGAAUAUUAUAAAAUAGGAGAAUUAGUCGAGCCAGUUGUGUGGAAUUACAACGUAAUGGAGCAUUUUCAAAUAGAGAAUAAUUUGUGGGAUACUUAUAAGAAAAUAUUUUCUAAUGUUUGGGCGGGAACUGCUUUUAAAGGAGCCAACGGCAGUUGUCAGAUCAUGUCACCAGUAACACGUUAUGUUAGUAAUCAAAAGGUGUGGUUGAAGGAAAUAAGGUCUCUUUCAAAUAAAAUUAAUUUCGCUGGAGUCAUUUUAACAGGAUGGUCGAGAUACGACCAUUACGCGACUAUGUGCGAAUUGCUACCAGUUGCUAUGCCAAGUCUAUCAUUUUGUUUAUUGUACUGGAAGAGUGCCGAUGAACAUACUCAAGAUAAAUUACAAGUAAGUGAAGUGUUGUUGGAAGAACAGUGGCCGGGAUUUAAACUCGCCGUCUGCGUUCACUCCUUCGUGAUGCUAAGGGAACGAGCACUGCAGUUGUUACAUGGAGACGCAGUGGCGACUUGGUUCAACCCAUGGCAAUUAAAGCACCGUUACACUAGUCCGGCGCAAGUUGAUCGGAUAGCGGGUUUUUCGUACUCAAUAUGGGCCGAUCUCAAAAUGUUGCAGGAAGACAUGUUACAACAAUUUCCAAAAGUAACUGGUAAAAGGAGUUCGGAUGAAUGGAUGGAAAGUUAUUUCGUGCCAUUGUUCAAGAGAAUAUCAGAUAUUUAUGAAGCAGCGUCGGCGGCGAGCCUCGCGUCCGCUAGUGUCAGACCGACUUAAAGAUGAUAGACUCAAUGACCAUUUUAGACUAAUGAGUAAAAGAAAAAGAAUUUGAAAAUUCAUAUAAUAUGGACAAUAAUGUCUUGUUAAUCAUAUAAAAAUAAAAUACACGAGUAAAAUUCUACAAAUUUCACAUAUAACAUUGCAUUUAUGUAGAACAUGGCGUGCCAAAGAGCACAAUUUUUUUUUAGAGUGUAGGUUUUGAGUUCCUGUAAGUAAUAGUCAAUACUAGUUUAUACUGGCUAAUUAAUAUUUGGGAGUGUGUGAUAAAUUUUAUUAUAUUGUAUUUGGGUGUGAAAACUAAAUACAGUUGUAUUGUAAAUGA